AUGAUCAAGAACAAAACCUCUAUGGACGUGGCACCUAACUCUCUACCUUACAAAUCAUAUGCGACUGCGCAGUUGGCCCCUAGACUAAAAGGUGGAGCGUUUGGAAGGCAUUUUGGUACAGCCUCCCUGGCGAUGAAGUGCCUAGCCCUCUUUCUUCUUGUCAUUCAGGCGGGAAGAGUUCCAUCGUGCGUAUUUGACAAGGUGGAGCAGCUACGUGGUGCCAUUGCAGCCAGAACAUAUUUCGAGGACAAGAAUGAAUGCUUUGCUACGUGCCAUAGAGACAAGACUUUCAUUGCACUUGCAUACAAGGAAAAAGAAGAAGGAGCGGAUUGCACCCUGUAUGAAGCUGGAGACUCUACAGUCAACUGUCCUAGUGGCUUCGUGUGCUACAUCCUUCAGCGUGAUGAAGUGGAUCACACUUGCCAAAGAUACUUGAACUUUUGAGUAGUAAAACCAUCAUCCAUGUCAUUCCUAAGCUUGCACUGCUGC